GAGAGUUGGCGGGCCGCGGGAGUGAUGUGUGAGGCAGUUUCCUCAUGUCUGCUCUAAGAGAACCUUGUAUUAUACCCACUGUGUUAUCAUCGCCAAUAUGAUAGCAUAAUCGGACUAGAGCCCACGCGCCCUGUGCGCAGUACAACGCAAACAUGAUGGAGUUCCUCGUGAUUACAUUGGUGAUCCCACCAAGAAGUUUUGUAUUAUUAAAAAGAGAGAAAGAGAUCGACAGUCAUGGAAUACGACAGGGCAUCAGAUCUCCAAUCCUGGCUCUUCGAGGAUGAGCAGGAUUUUUCCUUGGGGGCCAAGGCAACAUCUUACCUGCCAUCUGCAACAUUAGAUACCAACCAUGACAAUGCCAACUUUGAGCUCCCAGAUUGGAUGGAGAGCCGAGAGAACUUGGGUCUUGCCAACGUUAAGCUAUUUGAUGAUGUUGCAUUCACCCAGAACUUGGAAAAUGAUGUCUCCCAAAGUCUUGAUAUGGUUGGGAUUUUGGAUGACGAUUAUUGCACAUCCAUCAAACCAGAAGACAUGCUUGUACCUCUCUCAGAGUUACAACCACAAAAGAGUACUCCUCAAGGUCUCUCGGCAAACCCUUCAAGUUCUACAUUACCACCACCCAAGAUCAUCAUCUGCAUGAAAAGGGUUGCUGUAUGUUCACCUAUUACAAACAAUGAUUCCUUCCAAGGACAGUCUCUAGAUUUUUCCACUGCACAGUCAUCUUCAGUUCCAAACAUAGAUAUUACUCCAAAUAUGCAGUUGGCUCCUCCCCAUGAAAUUGGUAAUUGUGAUGCUGAUGGCCUUAUUAACGAAAUGGUUCAAAUGAUUGGAAAGGAAGGAAAAUUGGAAGAGUUUAACAACAUAAGCUCAUCUUUAGACACCUCAAUGUAUGAAUCAGACAUGGAAGAUUUGCUACUACAGUUAGAAUCUUCCAAUUCAAAGUUAAAAAUGCCAGAGGUUUCUUCAUUGUGUUCAGAACCUGUAUCACCAAUAUCAGUCCCCUCUCCAGUACCAUCAGCUGGUAGUCUUUCACCAUCACAGGCAACAUGUUCUUUUUUCAGUUCCCAUAUGUCAACAGAUUCUAAUGACAAAAUUAGCUCUGCUCAUUCUCCAGCAUAUAUUUCUGAUUUUUCUGAAAAAGAGUAUCAGUCAGAGGUACUUGCUCACUCACUCUCCCCACGAAAAAGAAAAUCAUCAUCCCUGCGGAGUACACCAUAUCCAGAGAAUAGACGAGAAAGAAAGAAAGAGCAGAACAAACAGGCAGCUCUUCGAUACAGGCAAAAGAAAAAACAGGAGGAGGAGGAAUUUAUGUCAAAGAUAGAGGCUGAAGAAGAGAGACAGAAGCAGUUAAAGGCUAAAUAUUCCAACUUGAAACAAGAGCUAACUUACCUUAAAAAAAUUAUGAGGGAGGUAUUUAUAGCCAAAGGAGUAAUAUCUGAGGAGGCUUUCAAGAAAAAUAAAACAAAGGGCACUUAAAAUAUGUAGUACAAAAUUAGUUUUGAAUGUGGCAGUAUGGUAACUUCAAAAUCUUGUUCUUUCAAUUACUUCAGCUUUUUAUUUACAAAGGCAAGGUGUUGUUUUGGCCCCUUUUAGCACUUUUAGGAUAAGGAAUUUAGUGGACAUUUUAAAGUUUCAUGUGAAGGGUAAAAAAAAAUCCAAGUGGAUGAAGGCUUUUUUGCUGGAUGUUGAACUUGGAUAACUUGCUUUUCAUAGGAGAUUCAUAUGUCCACAUGAGCUUGAUAACAUUUUAAAAGGGACAAAAUUAAUUAUGGAGAAUAUGUGUAGUACAAUCAAUUGGUUAUUGUUUGUCAGGUUUUUACAUAGUAUGGUUUUAAGAUUCUUAAUAAUGUUUUUAAGUAGAUUGAAUUUUAUUUUACUUUUGUAGUUCAUAUGUUAGUAAAAAAAUCAUAUAGC